AUGCCCGUUAUUAACGGCGUCCCGGUCGCUAUCCCACCUCCCGAGGGCUAUGUGGUCAACUUUAAACACCCCCAGAGACGCCAUGAGACGGAAGCCUAUGUGGCUUCAAGUGUGGGCAUGGGCCUUGCUUUCUUUUUCGUUCUCCAAUAUCUAUAUGUAAAAGUAUGGAUCUUACGCAAGCUAGAGUUGGAGACAGCAUGUCUUAUAAUAGGAUGGAUUUUUUCCAUUGGUGUGCAAGUUGUCGCACUUCAGGGAUUUUUCCUUGGUAUAACAGGCGUGCAUACAUGGGAGAUCCCACUCGCCAAGUUCAACACAGGAAACCAGCUUUCCUUCGUCAUUCCGAUCCUGUAUGCAGUAUGUACCGCCUUCUCCAAGAUGGCGCUGGCGCUGUUUUACCGCAAGCUUUCACCUGAGCGAUGGUGGCGGUGGAGUGUAUGCGGAGUUCUCUUCCUCGUUGCAGGCUAUAACCUGGCCAUCAUGCUCGUUAUCCUUUUUGGUUGCGCCCCGUUUGCGAAGAGCUGGGACCACACGAUGCUUGAGGGGACAUGUGUGAACAGACCGGCGGUGUAUAUCUGUACCGCAGGUCUUGGGAUCUUGUCAGACCUUAUCCUCCUGAUAAUGCCGUUGCCAAUGGUUCUGCGCUCGCGGAUACCUCGGCGGCAAAAGGCUGGCCUCGUUGUACUGUUUGCCAUCGGUUCUGCAACACUUGUGACUUCAGUAAUACGACUAGUACUCCUGGUUCCGAUUUUUGGCGCUCUCGACGUCAGUUGGAUCAUUUCCGGCGCGAUAGUCUGGGUUUUUAUCGAAGCGAACCUUCUGAUUAUCUGCGCAUCACUGACGACUCUCCGUUGCUUCUUUUAUCGCGUCGCACCAACAAUUAUUGGCGUGCGAGUAUCAUCCAACGGCAUCGAGAGCAGCAAAGGGACGAGAAAGCAUCCUUUCCAAACAAUAGAAACUUUCGGGGGAAAAUCUAAAUCGAGGAGAGGGCAACCCGAUAGCCCGACUGUAGAUCCCGGAUUUGAUCUCAAAACCAUUGCCAGGGCGCAACCGGUGAGGACAGAAGUCACAGUCUUUACGCCUGAUGAGGAGAGAGACGAAACGAUCAAGCAACUGCGGAGAGAAAAGUCGAUUAAGAAAUUUGGCUGCGCGGCAGUGGAAACGCAAACAUGGAAUACGUGCAAGGAUGGCAGUGAUGAUGAGGAGCUGGCGAUUGUGCAGACGACGACUGUUACGGUCGUAUACGGACCCCGGGAAAGUUACAUGCCGCCCAAUAAGGUUGAGGACAUGGCUUGA